GCAAUCAUUAGAGUCUCGGGACGAGAGGUUUCAAUAUUCGUUCAGGUCGUUCAGCGGCCUCUUUGCGUGCUCAAGAUUGUCUUAGAAUAAUCUGGCCAUUUUCACAACUAGCCUAGCUCUUUACUUGUAUGGGAGCUCAGACUGCAAGGGAAUUGUCACAUUCAGCUUCACACUAUCCGGGGGUUUUUGAUCGGACGGCGCUGGCACUUUGCCUGCCUGCCUUCUGCUUCUGCCUUCUGGGGGACUCGGGUUCUAUGAUCUAUCUCUAUCGACACAAGUACGACGGGUAGUAAAGUAUGUACAUGAUCCGUAAUGCCUAAGGAUACCUCAAGUGAAGGAAGGGCCUGCCCUGCCGGCUAGGCCUCUUGGCCUCGUUGCUUCAUCCUCAGCCGCAACAGAUUGGGCUUGGGACAACUGGGAGUCUUGGCCUCCUCGCCUCGCUCCACGUAGAAGGCGUUGCAACAUUCAUACAGAGCAUUGAUCUGUGCCUGGCAUUUCUCUUCCUGAUAUGAGCUCCGGGUCAAACACGCUGCA